AUUAAGCUUUAAAAGGGUUCUAAGUUGUGAUUGGUAGAGUAAUAUAAUCAUGAGUAUUAUACUAACAAAAAUCCCAACACACCUAUCGCCUUUUCAGAUGAUCCGAUCUCCUCAUGUAGAAAUAAAAGUCAUUUGUUAAAAACAUGUAUAAAUACAUAGGUGAGUGCUUAUAGUGUGUAUAUGUGUCAAACCUUCGCACACAUGUGUAGAAUAAACAACUGUUAAGGCGAGUGUACAUCAAGGACGAAAUUGAAUGUAAAGGACAUAUUGAGUGCAUUCAGCAGAGGCAACAGUUAUCUAAAUGCACUGCAAGAAUUGGUUGAGAUAUCUAUGCGACAAUUUGCAGAUCAGGCUGAUAGUUGGAAGGACAAUAUCAUACAAUAUUACAAUAGUUUGCUUACAAAGCUUUUAAAAGUUACAAUUCAUAUGACAUCUGUUUAUGCAUGAAAAGGGCAAAUCACUCUCGCAAAACGUCUGGAUAUUCUCCAGGGGUUAGAGAAAGAUGUGCCUGUUGAAAAGUUUGUUACCGAGUAUGGUAUCAAUAAGGGAAUCAUGUAUCGAUACAGCAUCGAAAAAUGUUCAGAUUCCGAACUCGAUGGAUUUGACAAAAAAAAACCAACACUAUUACACGAUGAUGUAGAUAACAGACUAUACUCUGUAUUGUAUUGAUCUACAAUGAUUGUGUAAACAAAAUUAUACAUUUAAACUCAUUAAAUAAAUAAAAUUACUCGUUAUGACAAAUUUAUACAGUACAUGAGGAUGUAAUAUUUAUACUGCAUACAGAACAGCAAAGAGCUAGAGAUAAUUUCUAUCUGAACCACUAUCUAAAGAUUGCUAUGGCAACGUAAAAUUGCUUCAUGUACCAAACCAGAUUAUCAUGAUCAGACGUCACUAAUUUUGUUUAUAGUUUUGUAAUACAUUGAAGACAGAUGCAAAUUAACUACAUUUGAAUUUGUGGCGUGUGUGAAUCAAUAGAUGACAAGUUAUUUACACGAUUUAAUUUUUAAAAUACAUUAAACUGUAAUUAUAUAGGAAUUUGAAAUAUUAGUACAUUUUUUAAAUCGUAAGGAUAUACUAAAAUGUAAAAAUAAUAUUUAAUAUAAUGAAAUUUUUAAGCCAAGUAAUGAAGUGAAGUUUAAUACUCACGUUGAGGUUAUGUGUACAAAUAAAAUAAACAUACGAUGAUUGUAAACUACAGAACUGACAAUUCGUAGCAUACUCAAAUUUAAAUUAUGAUGCUUAAGAUUAUUUGACAACAGAUAAGAAUGGAGAUUCGAAAUAAUAAACAUCAUACACGACAAAUAAUUGGUAUUUUUCCUGUAUUGGAAUUUGAUAACGACGAUGUAGAUGUUCCUUUAAAAAAUCCAAGUAUAUCAUACUUGGAUAUUUUCUUUCUCGGAUCCUCGAUCAUUAUGCACGUUGUAGAUAUGGCUAUUGAUAUGAACCUCGCCAUAAGAUAUUUAUUGGCUGGCAAAACAACAUAUUUUACAUGGACAGCUACUUUUAUUUUUCUACCUUCAUUGAUUAAUGUUAUAAUUAGUAGAAAAAUGAUAUACCAAGAUGAUAAGAUAAGCACAACAUCAAAUCAUUCAGAAUAUAAAUGGAUACAUGCAAUGUUGACAAGGAAUGUAUUCUUUAUUGUAAUUGUUGCAUUUCAAUUAGCACCAGUACUCCGUUAUUAUCAAACAUUGAAAUAUGCUUUAAAGGCUUAUAAGUUUAAAAAACUGAAUGACCAUAAUGCUCAAAGACGAUAUUAUCUCAAAAUGCUCAAAGAAGAUCAAGAUGUUGCUUUAUUAAGAGUAUUUGAAUGCUUCCUCGAAGCAGCUCCUCAACAAAUUUUACAAUUAACUAUAUUGUUGAAGAACUAUCACAGCAAUAUUAAUUUUGAAUUUAUUCAUCAAGUAGCUAGCAUCCUUAGCUCACUUGGAAGUAUGGGAUGGGUUAUGGCUAGUUACCAUCGUAGUAUUAGAUUAGCUCAACAAGAUAAACUAAACAUUGGACUUACAGGAACAGUUCUUCAAUUUUUGUGGCAUUUCUGUACUACGGUUUCAAGAAUAUUGUCUUUGAGUGUUAUUGCAAGCGUAUGGCCAUUAUAUACAGGUAUUGGUUGCAUUUGUCAUUGGAUCGGCAUGACUACUUGGGUUAUUAUUGAUUCUCAUGGUAUGUUAGAAUUUUGUAGGAAUUACAGUCAUGCGCCGCAUUUUCCUCCGAAAGUUAAAGAACGCAUUUAUUCUAUGUUAUUUUCUAUGGUAAUUGGCAUAGUUCAUGUAUUUAUAUAUUUAAAUGCAGUAGAUGGUAGCACAUUUCUUAAACAUGUGUCCUUUUACAUAAUCUGUUUUCUUGAAAAUAUAACAGCAACUAUAUUUUGGAUAUAUAGUUCAUCGGAUGAAGUUAAAAAUGCUUGGUACUUUAAUGUACUCCUUAUUCUUUGUAUUAUACCUUUUUUGUUGGGUAUAACAGCUAUGACUGUUUAUUAUAGUGUUUUCCAUCCAUCCUUAAAACAUCAAAAUACUGCACAUACAUAAUUUUUAUAAAAUUCAUCUAAUAAAAUAUUUAAAACUCUUAUUCAGAAAUGUUUAAACAAAAUUUAGCUGACUUAUUUAUUGUUUAUAAAUUGUACAAAUAUUUGAUCUGAGAUAGCAUUUGCACAUGUACAAUUAGUGUAUAUUUAUUUUCAAUAAUUAUUUUAUUAUAUUUAUAACAAUAUAUUUUUAUUUUUAUAUCUUGUAUCUGAUACAAGUUUUAAGAAAUCUUGUCAGUAACUAUGACUUUUUGUUAAAUUACACAUUUAACUUUUAAAGAAUCAAAUUUUAUCUUUUUAUGAUAUUUGAUUAAACAUUUAUUUUUUUUUAAUAUUUAAAUUGUUAAUCUAUAAAUAUUUAUACACAUAGUAUACGUGUUAUGCAUAUUUAUACAAACGGUAUAAAUGUUUAUAGUUUAGAAAAAACGAGUUCCAGCAUAUAUUGUAUGUAUAAUUUGAUGCAAUACUGCCAUAUUCAAUAAGGCUGAAGAAAUCUGACUAGAAAAUAGUAUGUAUAAUACAUAGUUUAUACAACUUUUACUGUGCUCUUUAUAUAAUUGUAUGUAUAUUAAAAAAUAAUUGUAUUUUAAUACAUGUACUUAGAAAUUUA